AUCUCUUUUCUGUCCUCUCCCUCCUGUCCUCUUUGAUGCUGGGCUCGGUGACCUGGUCUGGUUGUCCGGUGCUUGUUGUCGCCGUGUUGGGUUGAAUGUAAAAGUGAAAUAACGGUUCUAUGCUCUCUGUAUCUCCGCAGCAGGAAGGGCUGGAUGACGGACCCGACUUCCUCUCCGAGGAGGACCGGGGACCACGGGCAGUAAAUGUGGAUCUGCAGACAGAUGCCACGCUGCAAGUUGACAUCUCUGACGCCCUGAGUGAGAGAGACAAGGUCAAGUUCACCGUCCACACUAAGAGCACACUCCCCAACUUUAAGCAGAAUGAGUUUUCUGUGGUCCGGCAGCAUGAAGAGUUCAUCUGGCUGCACGACUCAUUUGUGGAAAAUGAAGAGUACGCAGGAUACAUCAUCCCACCUGCGCCUCCCAGACCAGACUUCGAUGCAUCCAGAGAGAAGCUGCAGAAGCUGGGAGAGGGAGAGGGAUCCAUGACUAAGGAGGAGUUCACCAAGAUGAAGCAGGAGCUGGAGGCAGAGUACCUGGCCAUCUUUAAGAAGACUGUCGCUAUGCAUGAGGUCUUCCUGUGUCGUGUGGCAGCUCAUCCUGUUCUCAGGAAAGACCUCAACUUCCACGUCUUUUUGGAGUACAACCAAGACCUGAGCGUACGAGGGAAGAACAAGAAGGAGAAGCUGGAGGAUUUCUUUAAGAAUGUAGUAAAGUCGGCUGAUGGCGUCCUGGUGGCCGGAGUCAAGGUGACCAACACAAAGGACGUGGAUGAUUUCUUUGAGCAUGAGAAAACGUUUCUGUUAGAAUAUCACAAUAGGGUGAAAGACGCUUCAGCCAAAUCUGACAGAAUGAUCCGCUCACACAAAAAUGCUGCAGAUGACAUCAACAGAAUUGCUGCCUCCCUCUAUACGUUAGGGACGCAGGACUCCACAGACCUCUGCAAGUUCUUCUUGAAGGUGUCGGAGCUGUUUGAAAAAACAAGGAAAAUUGAAGCUCGAGUUGCAGCAGAUGAAGACCUGAAGCUCGCUGACCUCCUGAAAUAUUACCUGAGAGAGUCCCAGGCUGCAAAGGACCUGCUGUACCGGAGGAGCCGAGCUCUGGUGGACUACGAGAACGCUAACAAGGCCCUGGAUAAGGCUCGGGCCAAGAACAGAGACGUCCUGCAAGCAGAGACAAGCCAGCAGCUCUGCUGCCACAAGUUCGAGAAAAUCUCAGAGUCUGCCAAGCAAGAACUCAUAGACUUCAAGACGAGACGAGUGGCUGCUUUCAGGAAGAACCUGGUGGAGCUGGCAGAACUGGAGCUGAAACACUCAAAGGGGAACCUCCAGCUGCUGCAGAGCUGUCUGGGCAUCCUUAAAGGAAACACUUAACUCUAUGACACUACCCACACCUGGCUGGACACGCCUCCUGGUUUGGUCCCGCCUGCCAUCAUUUGGACACACCUGUUGUGGGUGGAGCUUGGACAGACAAAUGACCAACAUUCUGGACCAGCAGAUAGACAGAAUGAAGUGUUAACAAUGACAGGAAGCCUUCAUCACUAAUUAUCCUCUAAACUCUCCAUCCUCACCUCUCUGCAGCAGCACCUCUACUGGUAUACUGGUCCAGCACCAGAACUGUGACACCUGUAGUAGCUCUUCUGGUCCAGUAGAACCAGUGCAGCUAUUAGGACCUUAAAACUUUGCCCUCUGAUGGUUGCACGUUCCUUUUGAAGGAGCCUCCAUCUUAUCGAAUCAGUUUUGUCUUUUGAGUCCUAAUUUUUGAGACAAUAAAUGAACUUAAGACAACCGGAGAUCUGUCAUUGCAAUUAACAAACCCUCGUAACUUUUUCCUACACAUUAUUAGAAACCACACUUGGUCCAUUUAGUAGCUGUGACAGGAUGUUCAUCACUUGAUAAAGUUGAACGUUAAAGGUUAUAAUAAAUGUGUGUAAUUAUGGUCAGAACAAAACGAUUCAAACUCGCAACGGGACAAAACUACUCGAUAACAUGAGGUUUCAUCUUCGUGUCAGCUCUCUUUUGUUGCUGCUUCACCUCUGUGUGACUGUGUUGUCUUCUUUUGGUGGUGUACCUGCGAAGGGUUGUUUAAUUGUGUUGGUGAACUUCCUGUGCUGUUGAUCUGUGAUGGCGUUUGGAGUCCAGCUCUCUCGUUCUUAUUAAAGUGUAAUGUCACUAAAUGAGAAAACGCCUUGUACAUGUUUGCAUUAGUUAACUAAUGAAUGCUAAUCACCUCAUCAUCAUUAAUCAUAGCUUCUUUUACUUUCUCUGACUUUCUUAUUUAGUGGUCAUUCCAGGUGAUGGUGGAGCUUCAGUCUAUUUGCCUUAACAUCGAUCAGUGGCGCCAUUUGAUUUAUUGUGAAGAGAAGUAAUGACAGAAUGAAAAAGUGUUUUGUUCCCAUUAUUUUUUUAAAGUUCACUGUAAAUGAAUGUUUUUUCACUUAUGUGACCAAAGCUUCCACAACUGAUUCAAGAUGGAGAAGUGAUGAAACAGAAAUAAAAUGUUAAGAAGAAUAAAAAUCCAUGUGAUUAUAAAUUCACAUAUUGAGCAGGUCUGUAAUCCACCUGGGUCAUACUGACACUGAAUAAAACCUACGGACACUUUUCUUAAA